GUUGCGGAAGCCGUCUGCAGAAUGAGGUCUCGUAGUGUGGAGCCCCUGAUCCAAAGGCUGCCACCCCUUAAAAGAGCCGCUAGUCUUACAGAGGCUGAGGCACGCCGGGCGCUGCGCUGUCUUCACGAGUUUUCCUACUAUCCAAUCCCAGAGGUGUUGGGACAGGAGGUGCCCAGGAAGACGACAGACGCCCCCGUGCUGGAUUCGGGUUAUGUCUCGGAAAACGAGGCUGACGAGAUAGCCAGCGAGAACAAAGCCAUAUCCCUGUACCUGGAGCUUGGUGCCGGCACAGGCCUUGUUAGCAUGGUGCUUGCAAGCCUCCUGCCCUCAAUAGCCGAUUCACUCCCAUCUAUUGUUGCCACGGACUACCAUCCCACUGUUUUGAAGAACUUGGAAAGGAAUGCCGCCUCUCUCGGCUCUAGAACGAAACCCGCAGCAUCGAUGCAAGUCGCCCAUCUCGAUUGGUGUGCUCCGACGCGCGAGCCUCCCCUGGAUGUAUUGGCAGACAUCGUCAUCGCCGCAGAUGUUGUCUACGCUGCGGAACAUGCUCGCUGGCUUCGUCAUUGUGCGGCUCAUAUCCUCGCGCCCGGAGGCGUCUUCUGGCUAAUGGUAUCUAUCCGACCAAACGGGAAAUUCGAAGGCGUUUGCGAUUCAAUCGAGGCCAUAUUUGCUGAAAACAACACGGCCACAACGGACAGCUGUCAGCAUCUAAGGAUCUUGAGCAAGCAGUGGAUUGAUAAGAAGCAUAACAUCGGAAGAGCUGAUGAAGUGGGAUAUAGGCUCUUCAAAAUUGGCUGGGUAUAAGUUGCCUGCGCCGAACCGGCACUUCCUGUCGGCUUUAUUUCUGUGGGACUUUUUGUGUUCUUUUUUCAAAUUUUUUGUAUUUGUUUUAUAAGCGGAAAGAUGGAUUUAUAGAGCGUUUUAGACGGCAAGAUAGAGAAAAGAGCGUCCUUCAAUAGAGAGGGUGGGCAUGAUUAGAGAGGGAUCAUGGAUAGACAGACUAUAGACUUAGAACUUUCGUGCGUUGACAUCGCAUCAUGCCGAAUAUAUAUGUUUUAAAUAAAUGAUCAGUGUCAUUUACACUCAGAGCC